UGCUCUUCCGGUUCAGAGGUCACAACGUGGUACUAUGAUGUUUUGAAGCGUGUCUUUUUUUCCAAUAAAGUUUGGACCCUGUGAAGGACAACAGCAGUGCAUCAUGGGAGAGUUCAAAGUGCACCGUGUCCGGUUCUUCGACUACAUGCCCAGCGCGAUCCGAGCCAUGGCGUUCCACGACCCGACGGAGCAGCUGGCGCUGGCCCGGGCCGACGGAGCCGUGGAGAUCUUCAACUUCUCUGACAACUACUUCCAGGAGAAGGUGAUCCCGGGCCGGGACGGCAGAGCCAUCGAGGCGCUGUGCUGGGCGGGGCGACGGCUCUUCAGCGCCGGGCUGAACGGAGAGGUGACGGAGUACGACCUGGAGACCCUGAGGCCCCGCUACAGCCUGGAGGCCUACGGCGGCCCCGUCUGGACCCUCAGCUGCAACAGACAGGGGACGCUGCUGGCGGUGGGCUGUGAGGACGGGACGGUGAAGGUGUUUGACGUCCUGCCGGAGAAGAUCCAGUUCCAGAAGAACCUGGACCGGCAGAAAGGCCGCAUCAUGUCCCUGUCCUGGCACCCCGACGGGACCCGCAUCGCCGCCGGCACGAUGGACAUGGUCCGGAUCUUCGACGCCGAGACGGGCGGCGCCACGCGGCGCCUGCUGGUGGAGCGCGGGCCGGGCGCGGCCAGGAGCCGGGAGGUGGUGGUCUGGAGCGUGGUCUUCCUGUCCGACGGCACCGUGGUCAGCGGGGAUUCGGCGGGGAAGGUGCAGGUGUGGGACUCGGCCACCGGGACCCUGGUUCAAACCCACCCGGUCAGCAAGUGGGACGUCCUGGCCCUGGCGGCGUCCCGCGACGAGAGCAGCCUGCUGGCCGGCUCCUCCGAAGGCCUGGUGGUCCAGUUCCAGCUCCUGGCGCCGGCGGCGGGGCGGCAGGAGAGGCAGUGGGUUCGAACCCGGACCUUCAGGAACCACUCGCACGACGUGCGCGCGCUGGUGCACAGCGACACCGCCGUGGUGUCCGGAGGGAUGGACACUCAGCUGGUGGUGCGCCCUCUGCUGGACAAAGUGGAGAAGAACACGCAGGAGAGCGCCAUGCGUAAAAUCAUGUUUCCACAUAGGAGUCUGGUCCGGUGUGUGAAGAAGGCCGGGCUGCUGCUCUUCCAGUUCUCAGAUCACUUGGAGCUGUGGAGGCUGGGAGACAGCGACGCACUCGGAAAACCUGGAGAGCGUCUGCCUGUGAAGAGGAAACCAGAGAAGCUGCUGCAGCUCAAGAGGAAGGGGGAGGAUCACAUCUGCUGCAGCUCUCUGUCUCCAUGUGGAAGCUGGCUGGUUUACUCCACUGUGUCGUCCGUACGGCUGUACCGACUGCAGAGAGACACACACAACAUGAGCCUCCACAAGGUGUCCAGGCUCCCCAGGGAGCUCCGCUGUGUGCAGCAGCUCUGCUUCUCCUCAGACUCCUCCAGGCUCUUCGCCUCCUCGUCUCAGUCGUCCGUCGUCGUCGUCGCUCUGAACCAGCAGGAGGUCAAACACCUUCACACCCUGAGACCGAAGGCGGGCUCCUCCCAGCCGGUCCACCUCCUGUCUCCCAGUGAGGACGGGAAGUGGCUCGCCACGGCGAGCACCGACGGUCAGAUCCACGUCUACGACCUGCACAAGCUGAAGCUCCACUGCACGCUGCCGGUGCACAGCUCCUGCCCCACCGCCAUCGCCAUCCACCCGACCACCUGCUGCCUGAUCUCGGCGCACGCCGACCAGCAGGUGUUUGAGUUCUCCCUGCUGCAGAAGGAGUACACGGCGUGGAGCCGUGCGCUGCAGAAGCAGGGCCUCCACCCGGCCUGGCUGCACCGGGACACGCCCGUCACACACAUCACCUUCAACCCCGGCAACGCCGCGCACGUGCUCAUGCACGACGCCUUCAUGUUCUGCAUCAUCGACCAGAGUCUGCCGCUGCCUGCAGCUCAGACGAAGCUCCUGAACCAGAUGACCCUGAAGAGUCUUCCUGCCGCCGACAGACUCAGACAGAGCCACGCCUUCAAGAUCUGCAAGAACUUCCAGAUGUUCAGCUGCUCUUCAGUCCCUCAGUUCUCCAUCUGAUCUGAACCUUCCCCGAGGGUCAUAAGCACCUCCUGUGCGUGGACCUGCUGGAUGAGCGCUCCCUGGUGGUGGUGGAGCGCCCCCUGCUGGACAUCCAGUCCCAGCUGCCUGCUCCCGUCAGGCAGAAGAAGUUCGCCACAUAAAGUGUUUUUUCUAAG